UGCGCUCUUAAGUCUGGAGGACAAAUUUGCCCUGCUGCCAUGGGGAAAUCAAACAGCAAGUUGAAACCCGAAGUUGUAGAAGAGCUUACCAGAAAGACAUACUUUACAGAGAAGGAGGUUCAGCAAUGGUACAAAGGCUUUAUUAAGGACUGUCCUAGCGGGCAGCUAGAUGCAGCUGGAUUCCAAAAGAUCUACAAGCAAUUCUUCCCCUUUGGAGACCCAACCAAGUUUGCAACCUUUGUCUUUAAUGUAUUUGACGAAAACAAAGAUGGAAGGAUUGAGUUUUCAGAAUUCAUACAGGCCCUGUCUGUCACUUCUCGAGGAACUCUGGAUGAAAAACUGCGGUGGGCCUUUAAGCUGUACGACUUGGACAACGAUGGGUACAUCACGAGGAAUGAGAUGCUGGACAUCGUAGACGCUAUUUACCAGAUGGUGGGCAAUACUGUGGAGCUUCCAGAGGAGGAAAAUACACCAGAGAAGAGGGUGGACCGGAUUUUUGCCAUGAUGGACAAAAAUGCUGAUGGGAAGCUGACUCUGCAGGAGUUCCAGGAGGGAUCCAAGGCUGACCCCUCGAUUGUACAGGCGCUUUCCCUCUAUGACGGACUCGUAUAGCUCUACGGCCCUGUGCUUUGACACGCCUGAGGGGACCCUCUUCCAGUGCCAUCAGACCACCUCCAAAGCGACGCUCGCCUGACCGUGCCAGCCCUCCUUUGUGUGAAUGCGAACAAGGGAUGCGCUUGAAGUGUGGCAUC